AUAUUUGGGUUUUCCUGUAGCAACAACAGUCAGACGACUAUAUCACAUUAGCAACGUCCAAAAGCCAUCAGUUCUAGUCUAUCACUUUUCACUUGCUAGUUCAAACUAAGUUCAAACUACCACAUUUGACAAUUUUGAAGUACUGACGUCUCACAAAUCUUUUUUUGAUAUUUAAUUAUUCAUUAUUUACAACAUACAACCUACAACAACACAAAUGACAACCUCCUCCUACGCUGAAUUAGUCGCCAGUCUUUCCUCCGAAGACAUUAGAUCCCAGUGGCCAGAAAUCACUCCAUUGAAGAAGAUUUCCGGUAUUCCUAGAUCUUCAGGAUCAGAAAUCACCUCUGUAUCAAGCAGAGACACAGAAAUCUUUGACGGUCACGAUGAAGAACAGAUCAGAUUGAUGGAAGAGUUAUGUAUUGUCUUGGACAAUGACGACAAGCCAGUUGGCGCCGGAACCAAGAAGUUAUGCCACUUGAUGGAAAAUAUCAACGGUGGAUUAUUACACAGAGCCUUUUCUGUUUUCUUAUUCAAUGAAGACGGCAAGUUAUUGUUGCAACAACGUGCCGACGAAAAGAUCACCUUUCCUGCCAUGUGGACCAACACCUGUUGCUCCCAUCCUUUGUGUGUUCCUAAGGAAUUAGGUGUUGACGACGACUCCGACAGUGGUGCCAUCAACAGAUUGGAUGUUGCCAUCAAGGGCGCUAAAUUUGCAGCCCAAAGAAAAUUGGACCACGAAUUGGGUAUCGCCUACGCUGACACUCCUGUGGAAAACUUUACAUAUUUGACUAGAAUCCAUUAUAAGUCCGCCAGUGGUGACGAAAGCUCGAGAUGGGGUGAACACGAAAUAGAUUAUAUCUUGAUCUUAAAAACCAAGAAUGAUAUCAAGAUCAAUGCCAACUACAAUGAAGUCAAAGAUUACAAGUACGUUGAUGCCCAAGAAUUAAAAGACAUGUUUCAAGACAAAUCAUUGGUGUUUACUCCAUGGUUCAAAUUGAUUUGUCAAGAUUUCUUGUUCAAGUGGUGGGGCAACUUGGACAAUUUAGAACAAUUCCAAGAUGACAAGAUUCACCGUUUACUUUAGCAUAGACUUCUUUCGUAUUUCCUAUAGUUUUCUAAUAUAAUAUUUAACGAACAGCGAGUUUUACUGUGGUGAAUUGAGCAUUACCGUCAAGUGGGGUAUGGCCCGAGUCAGAUGACCUCGUGAGGC